AACUUGAUACUAUUACCAAUGAUAGACCUUUGCCUACUGCAUCUCCUCUGGCUACUACUUUAUCAACAAAUCAAUAUUUCACUUCAUUUUUUUAUGAUUAUAGCAAUGAUGAUUCGACAGAUAAUGAACUAGAUAAAUAUAUGGAUAUUAAAAUAGUCCCUAUUGCCCUGCAAGAUAAACAGGCUUGUCUUGAUUCUGAAACUGUUUCUCAAAUAUUAUUUUUAAAAAAAAAACAGUCAUUUAAUUAA